AUGGCGGGCGAUCCGACCGGCGGCGGCGGCGGUGGCUCCGUGGAGAUCUUCUUCGGCCUCCAGUCCGCCCGCAAGGAGAGCCGCUCCGCCGACGAUGUCGUCCUCGAGGAGCAGGUCCAGCGUCGCCUCCCCCACAUCCUCCCUCCAGGUGGCCCCACAACAUCGCGGUCGCGUGUAGCCGUGAUCGGCGCGGGGGCGGCUGGCCUGGUGGCGGGGCGGGAGCUGCUGCGCAAGGGCCACGCGCCCGUCGUCGUCUUCGAGCGCGCCGCGGCCGUGGGCGGCACCUGGCGCUACGACGACGCGGCGUCCGCGGACCCGCUCGGCGCCGGCGGCGUCCACGGGAGCCUCUACGCGUCCCUCCGCACCAACCCGCCCCGCGAGUGCAUGGGCUUCCUCGACUUCCCCUUCCUCCCUGUCCCCGGCGAUCCGCGAAGGUUCCCCGGCCACCUGCAGAUGCUCCGGUAUCUCGAGGACUUCUUGCGGCGGUUCGAUAUCCUCAGGCUGGUCCGGCUCGAGACGGAGAUGGUCGGCGUCCGGCGCAGGGGCGCGAGUAGCUGGACCGUGUCGUACCGCUCGAGUAAGCUCGCCGGCGCCGGCUGCGACGGACUGGAGGAGGAGGUGUUCGACGCCGUGGUCGUGUGCAACGACCACUUCACUGAGCCCCGCCUCACCGACAUCCCCCGUAAUUGCUCCAUCCAUCUCACCUAA